AUGCCACAUGAGUUGUAUCUGCAGGCUCUUCCAACGCGCAUCGAGCAUUUAGAGCGUGCUGAAGAGUGUUUGCCUUCAGCCUGCGACCAAAAUGAUAUUCAGGUCUGCAAGGCCUUGUGCCUCCCCACCACGGCCACCGGUACAGGUCGGCCGCUUCAGUUGACAAAGAAAAAAGCAGCUGGCCCUGUCCUCCUGCACACGCCCCGGGCACCCAAAGCGACAGUGAGGACGAUAAUUCGCUCUGGAUCUCAGUCGAGAGCCAUGGAAAGGUGUUCUUCAGGUGCAAUUCAAGCUGAGCGCAUCUCAAUGCCGCCACAAGCAUAUCCUGCCACACGUGGGCAGUGGAGCCAAUGUGUGGCUCCAUCGCACAGACAGACUUCCAGCAGGUCUUGGCAGCCCAAUGCGGCCACGGUCGCCAGCGCGACAUGCGCCACAUCCCCGAGGUUGUGGCCCAACAAGGAGCAGCAGGAACAGAUAGAGCGCCUUACGCGACAGGUGCAAGAGCUUCGUGAGCAGCAGAAGCGACACCAGGAGUGGGCCCAAAUUCCAGUGGCGGCUUUGGGGACUGAGCCGACAACAAAAACAUGCGAGGAGGUGAAGGGCUCUGACUUCGAGAAAGUGCUUGGAGACAUACCGACUGCCUGCAGGAAUUCCAUGGCCUUAUUCCAAGAAGCAGAGCUGAUUUGGACACGCGAUGCAGUCAUGCGGCUUUGCGCAGCCCAAAGUCCUGUGAGGUCAGCUUGUCGUCUCCCAGGCGUGAGAAGCAUUGAGAAGCAGCAUCCGGACAUCCACUGGACAUCCACCGGACAUCCAUGGGCCAACCCGCAGACUCACCAUGGAAAGGGUUUCGCUUCGGGAUACGUCGAGUGCAUCGCGUCGGGCUACGCCUCAUGCAUCGCUUCGGGUUGUCAACCUUUGAGUUCCGCCCAAUUGCUCUCCACCGUGGCUUCCGUUGAAGCCUUGCGCUUUGAUCUUUGGCCAGAGCCACCAGCUGGUGCAAGCUCCUUAGCAGCCGAGAAAUUGGCGGAUCGCAUCAGGGGCACGGUGUUUGGUGCGGCUUUGGGCGAUUCAGCUGGACUUGCUGCAGAGUUCCUUAGUGCUGAUGAAACGUUGGACUUCUAUGGGCCAGAUGCAGAUUUUCAACCUGGCCGUGAAGUUUUUCCUGAUGAGCACAGAAUGAUGUGGUGUGCAGGUGAUUGGACGGACGACACGGAUCAGCAGAUUCUCAUGAUGCAAUCCUUCUUGAGUAGCAAGGGCCAAGCUGAUCCCUGCGACUUCGCGAGGCGCUUGGCUGAUUGGCGCCAUAGUGGUUUCAAGGAACUUGGAGAUCAGUCCGCUGCAGGCUUGGGUCAGACAACUAAAUGUGUCUUGAACGAUCCCAACUUCAUCUCAUCUCCCAUUGAAGUGGCUGCAAAACACUCCUCCAAAAUUCCAUCCAACGGUGGAGUUAUGAGGACAGCUAUGGCUGGAAUUCCAAAUUUCUGGAACGAAGAUGUUGUAGCAACAGCUGCUGAAAGUCUCUGCCGCACCACCCAUGCAGAGCCCAGGUGUGUUGCGAGCUGCCUGGUGGUAUCUCUCUGUGUCAGCCGCUUGCUUCGUGGUGAGGACAGGGACGACAUCAUAGAGUCUGUGGUACGGCCAGCCCUGAUGAGGGCGAGUCAGACGCCAGGUCUAACGGAUGAGUGGAAACAAGAGAUGCUACGACAUGCUGAGGCAAAAGACAUCAGUGAUUUGGCCUUGGACGAUAGGCGAACGAUUGGAUACACUUUCAAAUGCAUGGGCGCUGCCCUGUGGGCGCUGCGUUCGCUAGGUGAAUCCAGUGACAAAACUGGCGGAGCCUUCCGCAGCGCCCUGAAUCGCUUGAUUUUGGCAGGUGGAGAUGCAGAUACCAACGGCACGGUGGCAGGAGCGCUCCUGGGGUGCCAACUGGGGUUCAGCCAACUUCCAAAGGAAUGGAUCGCAGGCAUGCCUUAUAGCUCUUGGCUUGAAGCUUAUGUGCAGAAGGUUCUUUUCAUGCUUCAGCUUCGCUCUUAGCUGUACAGAGCUGAGAAGUUGUUUCGGACUUUGCCAGUUGUACAGUUUGGCCAG